CUCUUUUUUGCCCUUUCGUACCUCACUCCCUUGCUUUCUAAAUCCCUUCAUCCAUUUCGCCUUCCAUUUGUGAUCAUGCUCGGUUUUAGCAAGAUUCUCUCUCUCUCGUUGAUUGCGAUCCCUCUUUGUGUGGCAGCGCCUGCGCAGGUCGACAAGCGUGCGCUACUCCCUGCCCUUCUCGGAAAUGUGAACCUCGACGCGGCUGCCUGCCCGGAUGUCGCAUUGAACGGUCCUGGAGCCAGUGGAAGUGGCUGUGGUGCUCAGCGCGUUGUCAGCAGCACCGCGGCACCUGUUCUUCCUGAGCCAGUCAACCCCGCACCUACAUCUAGCGCUCCAGACUACAAUGGUGGUACGGCGCCCUCCAACCCAACACCAGCGCCUUCCAAUCCGGCGAUUCCUCAGCCUGUUAACCCGGUUCCUGUUAACCCGGCUCCUGUCAGCCCAGCUCCUGUCAGCCCGGCUCCUGUUAACCCGGCUCCUGUUAACCCGGCUCCUGUCAGCCCGGCUCCUGUCAGCCCAGCUCCCACCAAUCCAGCACCCACCAAUCCAGCACCCACCAAUCCAGCACCUGCUAACCCGUCUCCUGCCAAUCCAGCCCCUGUUAGCCCAGCUCCCACUAACCCAGCUCCCACUAACCCAGCUGGUCCAACUGCCACCCCUUCUAACCCUGCACCGGCUCCAUCGCCUCCGUGCACCAGCUAAAUAUCAGCUUUCAUUUUUAC